AUGAGCGUGCGUGGUACGCGUGGACAAAGUACUAGAGGACAUGGUAGAGGCCGUAGAGGGGCUCGAGCUGAGUCCUCGUCGUUAAGCAGCAUGCCGAAUCUGGAUACGAGCAAGACACCGGUCUCACCUGCUACGGAGACUGGGUCUCAAGACUGUAUAGCUGGGGAUGACGCACUGCCCCAGGCUAUGCUCAGGAUAUUAGAGAGGGUUGCUAGGACUAACACCAGAACUGGGGUUCGAGGAGGUGUUAUUAGAGUCUCCCCUAAUGUGGCCGAGUAUUGGAUGGAGGCCACAGAGAGAAUUAUGGACGACUUGGAUUUUACUGCUGAGCAGAAGCUUAAGAGGGAUAUAUCUCUGCUUCGUGAUGAGGCGUACUACUGGUGGUUGAUGGUUAAGGAGGGCACCCAGCCCGACCGACUGACAUGGGAUUUCUUUAUGACGGGGGAUCGUUCGAUGGUCGAGUAUGAGGCUGAGUUCCUGAGGUUUAUUCAUUAUGAGCGAGACAUGGUGACGCCAUCCGGGCGAGUGUUAGAGGACUAUGGGGCAUGUCUGAGAUGUGGGUCCAUUGAGCAUCAUGUUAGAGAUUUUCCAUUGAGAACUGAUCAGAUGCAAGCCCCGAUUACUAGGACUGCACAGCCACCGAGGGUAGUUCAGCAGCCACCUAGGAGCCGAGACAUAGGCUCUACACACUCAUAUAUAGCUAGUACUGUGUCUGAAUCUUUGAGGAUUCCACUUGAAAGUACUGAUAGGGAGGUAACUGUGUUAAGUCCUUUGGGGCAAUCUGUCCGGUUAGUUAAACACCGAGUGAGUUUGAAUUGUGCGAUGAAAAGGGUUGUCUUGAGGACCGAGGAGGACAAUGAGGUAGUUAUGAUUGGGGAACGACGUGACUAUCUGACUAAUGUGAUUUCUGCGUUGGCGACAGAAAAGUUAGUGAGGAAAGGGUGUGAGGCAUUCUUGGCCUACAUCAGUAUUUUUGAUUCUGGAGGCUCUUCGGUUAAGGACAUCAAAACCGUGAGGGACUUUCCAGAUGCUUUUCCUGAGGAACUACAAGACUUGAUGAGCCAAGUGUUCCAGCCCUUUUUGGACCAAUUUGUGGUGGUAUUCAUCAACGACAUCUUGGUAUAUUCUAAGUCUGAGGAUGAGCACGAUGAGCAAUUUAGAGUAGUUUUACAGACUCUUCGUGAGAAACAACUGUAUGUGAAGUUUAGCAAGUGUGAGUUCUGGCUCCGAAAAGUAACCUUUCUGGAACAUGUGGUUUCAGCUGAGGGUAUUCGUGCUAAUCCUCGUAAGAGGCCGUGUUGA